UGAUGCUAAUCAAUAUUAUUAGGCAGGUUUAUCCAGACAUAUGGGACGCACAUAAUAGUAGGGAUGGCUGUUGGAGGCCUGGAUUUAAUUUGUGUUAGACAGAAACCUUCUUCACCUAUUCUGCCUGCAGACCUCAGAAGACACUUAGAGGACCUUGGCGAUUAUCUAUUUUCAGACGGAAAAAGCCCCUCUCUACUACAAGGGAAAACAAGAGAUGGCAAGCAAAAGGUUCCCGAGGUUUUUAAUCGUAUUCUGAAGUCAAACACCAUGCAGUUGACCAGUAUUACAGAGACAUCAAGCAAAGAUGGACUCACUAUCAUUUGUUCUAAAAGAGGAGGAGAUGUGUUCUUGCACAGCCACUCCAGUUGGCUCCAAACAGUUCCUUCUAAACCAGAAGGGAUUCUCUUCAAGUUUGUGCCUAUUACUUCUCUUCUUACUGGGAUUCCCGGCAGCGGCUAUCUUAGUCAUGCAAUUAACUUGUAUUUGCGUUACAAGCCUGCUCCAGAGGAUUUACAGUACUUCUUGGAGUUUCAAGUUCCAAGGCAAUGGGCACCUAUGUUCUGUGAGCUGCCUCUUCGCCAUCAAAGAAAAAAAGAUUCUUGUCCUUCUUUGCAAUUUAGUUUCAUGGGUCCUAAGAUCCAUGUCAUCUCUACACAGGUGUCAAGUGAUCAAAAACCAGUUGUAGGCCUACGAUUAUACUUGGAAGGAAAGAAAUGUGACCGGCUGGCAUUGCAUGCACAGCAUCUCUCAAGCCUUCCGAAUAUUAUGACCUUAUCAUCAGCUAACGACCCCAGGCCAUUUCAAUGGCGUGGUUCUGAUGACUACAGGUUUAGUGACCAAUUUUUAGAACCAGUCAAAUGGAAGAGAUACUCCAAUGUAUGCACAUCAGUUGUUAAACAUGAUCCCAGUUGGUUGCAUGGGGAGUCCUCCGGUGUUUUCAUUGUAACCGGUGCACAGCUCUUGAGCAAGGGAAAGUGGCCGAAGACAGUGCUGCAUCUUCGUCUUCUCUUCACCUACUUACCCAAUUGCAUGAUCCGAAAGACAGAGUGGGCUGCUGCCCCAAGAAAUUCUCAGAAAUCUAGUUUCCUUACGAAUCUGAGUACAACAUUCACGUUUACCCAACGGAGCAUCACAGGUCCUCAAAAGCAAGCUCCAGCUGUACUUAACUCUGGUGUCUUUCCGGAUGGUCCGCCAACUCGGGCUUGCUCUGGAAAGGUACUUAAAUAUGUGGAGACUACCGAAGUUGUGCGCGGUCCCCAUGAUUCUCCAGGACAUUGGUUGGUGACGGCUGCCAAGCUUGUGACUGAUGGUGGUAAAAUUGGUUUGCAUGUGAAAUUUGCAUUGUUAGACUAUUCUUGAGUUGUCUUCAUUGUACAUAUCGAGCCGAAUUGGUUGUGAUUAAUAAUUUCAUUUCGUUCGUUUGUUUA